UGUAAACGUAGCGACCUCUACCUUGUGCCGGUGAACUCUGAAAGUCAUGUUGUCGUCUUCUGUUACUAAGUUUUCUGUUAUUUUAAGGAUUGGAUCUGGGAAAGUCACCAGGUGUUUAGGUUCCAUCAAUUCUAAAAGAAACUAUUCAAAUGGAGGUGAAUUGGACGUGGUUGUUAUUGGAUCUGGCCCUGGUGGGUAUGUUGCGGCCAUUAAAGCUGCUCAGCUGGGCAUGAAGGUUGCAUGCGUAGAGAAGGAUGACACACUUGGAGGAACAUGUCUCAAUGUGGGAUGCAUCCCGUCGAAAUCACUUCUCAACAAUUCACACCUUUAUCAUAUGGCACAUUCCGAUUUCGCUAACAGGGGCAUUGAAAUUGAUGGUGUGAAGUUGAAUCUUGAAAAACUCAUGGCAGCCAAAUCUGGUGCAGUGAAAGCUCUAACAGGUGGAAUUGUACACUUAUUUAAGCAAAACAAGGUUACUCAUUACAAUGGAUUUGGUAAAAUAACUGGAGCUAAUGAAGUGACAGUGACAAAAAAUGAUGGAUCGUCAGAAGUAAUUGCUACAAAGAAUAUUCUUAUAGCAACUGGGUCAGAGGUUACACCGUUUCCGGGUAUUGAGAUUGAUGAAAAACAGGUGGUUUCCUCAACAGGGGCAUUAUGUUUAGAAAAGGUUCCACCAAAAAUGCUUGUGAUUGGAGCUGGAGUCAUUGGAGUGGAGCUGGGUUCUGUGUGGAUGAGGCUGGGUAGUGAAGUUACAGUUGUGGAGUUUCUCGGACAUGUCGGUGGUUUAGGGAUAGACAUGGAGAUUUCAAAAAGCUUUCAGAGAUCGUUAACAAAGCAGGGCAUGAAGUUUAAGCUGAACACCAAAGUUACCGCCGCUACGAAAUCUGGGGAUAACAUCAAAGUUCAGAUUGAAAGUGUAAAGGACGGAAAACAGGAUGAGCUUGACUGCAAUACGUUACUAGUGUGUAUCGGCAGACGUCCGUACACCGAAAACCUUGGACUGGAGAAUGUUGGAAUACAGUUGGACAACAAAGGCAGAGUUCCUGUUAAUGACAGGUUACAGACCACAGUUCCGAGCAUCUAUGCUAUUGGAGAUGUUAUACAAGGACCUAUGUUAGCUCACAAGGCAGAAGAUGAAGGUAUCAUCUGCGUAGAAGGGAUGUGUGGUGGUGCUGUACACAUUGACUACAACUGUGUCCCAUCAGUCAUCUACACACAUCCAGAGGUGGCGUGGAUCGGAAAGACGGAAGAACAGCUGAAAGAAGAGGGUGUGCAGUACAAUGUUGGAAAGUUUCCUCUAGCUGCAAACAGCCGGUCCAAGUGUAAUGCUGACACUGAUGGAUUAGUGAAAGUAUUAGGUGAUAAGACCACUGACAGGUUACUAGGAGCACAUAUAAUGGGAUCGGUUGCCGGUGAAUUGAUCAAUGAAGCAGCACUGGCCAUGGAAUACGGGGCGUCGUGUGAAGAUAUAGCUAGAGUCUGCCAUGCACAUCCCACUGUAGCUGAGGCCUUCAGAGAAGCUAAUCUGGCUGCUUAUUUUGGCAAAGCUAUCAACUUUUGAGAACAUUUGAGACUGAAUAUGAACCACAGCUCAUCAGAGUUUUUUCACCCCAGUGCUAACAGUAAUCACCAGUGCUCUUUGAUCUCUGGAAUGGCUUCCUGGUUCUCGUGUGCACACCAUUAGUACAAUCUCUGUAAAAAGGUUUUAUUCAAACGAAUACACGUUUUACAGGACACAGUUUCUUUAAUUUUCUUCCUUUAAAAAAAGUGCAUACAAAAUGAGGUAGAAAAUUAAAUACGCAUGACGUGUGAUAAGUAUCUACUUUAUUUUGGUGGUUAUUAUUCGUAUUUAUUGAUGUACGAUACCAACUCUGCUCUCAUUUAAUACCAAAUUUUAAUGUGUUUUUUUCAUCUGUGGUAUUAAAUGAGAAUUAAUUUAGUAUCUUCUUUUAUUUAUUGUUGUGGUGAGCAUAAUCUCUAGAGCUGAAUGUUAUUUGCUGACCAAUUCAGCAGUCAUGUAAAUGUGUGUGGUUGGAAAUAUCUGGUUGUUUGUAAUUUUUCAUUAGUCAUAAAUGGAUCACUGUAUUUCAGAGUAGACUUACGUUAAGAGUAGUUGUGUAGUCGGUUUAAUACAUCUGCAUGGGUCGUAUCUCAGGUCAAAAAUUACCUUGUUAUGUUAAUUGUAAGUUAACUUGUCUGUGGUUUAGCAUGGGCUAUAUGUCGACAAUUUGGCAACCAGUAUUUUUAAACCCUGCUUAAAAUCAUAGGCACACAAAUUGCCAAACUUAUAAAAUAUGUUUUUAAAAAACAUUUUCAUUCAUAACAUAUUAAACAUUUCUAUUAACAGGUUUCAUACAAGGUUUGGAAAGUAAUAGAAUUAGCAAAAACGUCAUAUUCCAGACCUGGGAAAGUCUUAGGCCAUAUAAUUUUUAGUUGGAUCAUAGAAAGUUAUAGAAAAUAAAAACCGGUUGAUAAUUGUUUUUCCCUCAAUUAAAACAACUCGAGAAAUGAUGGGCAAUUUGUAUCAAAAUAUUGUAAUAUUAGUUUAUUUUGAUGAUCACAACAACAUAAAAGAGACCUUUCAAAAUGUCCUGGAAACUGUCUUUUUAAAAAAAAAACAACAUCGAAAGCCAUGGAAUGAGGUUUAUAAAGUGUUUGAAUCCGGUAUAACCAAGUCAAAAAUGUAUUUGUAGAUACAAUAGCAAAGAAAUGUACUCAUGUUUCAUGCUUUUUAAUUGAAAUUAAGACUAGGCUGUGUAUAGAUAUGAUAUAUUGUUUUCUAGUCUGUUAGUAUAGACAUUCAUUCGACUUCCUAAUCAUAUUUUGUUGAAGGGUAAUUUCAGAUUGUACAAAAGUAAUCAACUUUGUGGAUUGUGAAACGAAAGAAUAAAGUAUUUGUUCAUUAUGGUGUACCUGUAUGUACACUUAGUGUGUAUACAUUUUGUAAAAAAUAUUAUUAAAAUAAAUAGCAAUUG